UCUUUUCAGUGACUUCCUCAAACUGAAAGAUUAUGUCAAACGCUGUUAGUAGGGGGCCUGGGAGAGGGAAGCCGAAUCAAGGUUUUCAUUCAGAUCACAAUGCAGUUCCUAUGCAGGAUUCAUCCCAACAAUUCGUGAUGCCAUUUGUUAACACAUCUGGCCCAGUGAACUCAAACUAUCAAAGAAUGCCAAUGAACCAGUCGGCGUAUCCACAAUAUGGCCAACAACAAUACAACCAACCACAAACAAAUCACUAUUAUCCGCCACAAGCACCACAGCACCAGCAACAAUAUGGUGGAUAUCAGCGACCGGACUAUGGUCAUCAACCACAGAUGUACAAUCAACAGUACCAAGGCUACCAAGCUCCUCAGCAAUACCACCCAGAAAUGCCAUAUCAACCAGCUCAGCCAGCACAACAACAGAUGACUCAUACAGCUCCACAAGAACCUAAACGGCAAAGGAAAGCACUGGAAAUUGUCGAUCCAACUACGAAAAAGGCAAUUGAAGUGACGCCUCAUCUUGCACCAGCUGCACCAGCGCCAGCGGCUCCAGCAGCCCCGAUUGCCCCAGAGGAAGAAAAGAAAAAACAAAACAUUACUUUAGAAUUCUUGAAUCAGGUCAAAAAUGAACUACAUCAUGAAGACAGACGACAUGAUAAUCCUCCUGCGGUCCCAGCUGCGGUCCCAGCUGCGGUGCAAGCUGCUGUACUUCCCAAUUUUAGCGUACCACCGCCAGCCCUGGGACAGACACCUCCAGCAGCAUCCAUAGCUCCACAAGUUGUACCGUCCGUUCCGAAAACUCCAGAAGCACCAGCAAAGGCUGAUUACGAAGUAAAACAAGCAGAAACCCUUGUGACGCCUGUUUCAUCUCCCCAUGCAUCAGACACAACCACCACUACGCCCGCCAGUGGAACUGCAGAAUCAGCAUCUACUGUAGCUGAUGUCAGAGUUACUCCAACACUGACAAAGGAAGAAUCAAAAGAGGAAACUGAUGAUGAUAAAUUUGAGGAGAAUGAUGAAAGAGAAAGUACGCCAGACGUUGCUGACUCUUCUACAGAAAAGACUCCUGAGGAGCUGGAAAUCGAAAAAGCACAGAAAGAAGCCGAAGAGAUUGAAAAGAAAAAACUUCGCGAGGAAGCUUUAGAGAAAAGAAUCGAGGAGCUUAUCCUGGCCGGAAGUGCUGUCAUCUCGGAUGGAACUUUUGGAAGAGAUUUCAUGGUUACUAUUCGCGAAAUUGAAAAAGUUUUCUCUCGGACCCCAUGUCCACUGUCACCAGCUCAGCUAGCUGAUUUCGGAUUGGAUAUCAAAACGAUGCGAGUUUCUGAUAAUAAGAAGCCUAAUUUCACACCAAACUGGGCAAACAAAGGAGGAAACCGCCAGCAGGUUCCAUACCGUGGAAGAACAACCACAGAUGGAACCGGGCGUGGCGGUCAGCAGCAAAGAGAUCGUAUGCACAACAAGCGACCACCAGUUGUUAGACCUUCGAUUGAACGAGUUCAGAGAGUUACACUUCCAUCAUCGAAAGAUGCAUGGAAGCCAGACCGUCAAAAAACCGCGGAAGCUGUUGCAAGCGAGGAAGCUGCGGUUAUUGAAGUUUGUAAGAAGGUUCGGUCUCUUAUGAACAAGGUGACGCCUACAUCACAACGUCCUCUCACCGAAGAAUUCAUUUCCUACAAUGUAUCCUCCAACGAUGCGCAGCUCGCUCAAGUUGUCGAAAUCGUCUUUGACAAGGCAGUUGAAGAGCCAAAGUUCUGUGCUUUGUACGCUGAAAUGUGUAAGGCUCAGGCGAAUCAUGAACUAUCCCAGACCGGCGGAAAGUCAGCCUUCAGAAAUAAGGUUUUGACUCGGACGCAGAUGACAUUCCAGGAUAAAAAAGACAUUGAUGCAGACAAACUGGCAAUCAUCGAAAAAGAAGAAGAUCCAGUGAAAAAGGAAUUGAUGCUUGCAGAGGAGAAACAGAAAUUUAGACGGAGAAAGUUCGGAGUUAUGACGUUUAUGGGUUAUCUGUAUAGAAAUCAACUUUUAUCCACAAAAAUCGUCCAAACGUGUACAUUCGAAUUGUUCAAUUCGAUCAAGGACCAAGAUAUUAAAAAAGAGGAUGUCGACGAGGAAUCUAUUCACUGUGGUCUUCAACUCAUCGAGACUGUAGGCGUGAUGUUGGAUAAAUCAAAAGAUUCCACGACCGUAUUCCUUGAUCAAUGGUUCCAGAAGUUGGAAGCUGCCAAACCUUACUGCUCAAACAAAAUCCGUUUCAUGAUCAUGAAUCUUAUGGAGCUUCGCAAAGACAAAUGGAUUCCAAGAAAAUCUACCGAGUCUGGACCGAAAAAAAUCGAUGAAAUUCACAAAGAUAUUCGUCAAGAGAAGAUUGAAAAUGAGAAAGCUCGUGAUCAAUAUGAUCGGGAUCGUGAUCGUCGUCAUGGAGGUGUCAGACCAAACAGCAACUCUCUCAGAAAAUCAGUUCCAGUCUCCAGGAAUUCAUUGGAUAGGAACCGAGGAAUGCAACACCCUGAACAAAAAAGAGCCGCUGCUGCAGCUAACACAAAACUUGCCUCAUCGAGUGUUCAACCCAAAAACAUCUCGCUCUCUUCGAUGGAUAAUAAUACUCUUGGGAAGAGCAAAAAAGAGUGGCAUUCUGGUGCUUCUGGUGGAGGAAACACUUCUUCCGAAUCUGCCGUUCCAGUCAAAUCAGCUUGGGGGCGACGUGAUUCCAAUGAUCAACGCAAAAAGUCGACUGUUGACGAGAAACAGGCCGCUUUAGCUGCUGCAAAGGAAAUCAGUGCAAUGUCAAUUUCUUCGCGGCGAUCCACAUCACAAAAUUCGAAUACUGACAAGACCGACGAUGAGCUGACUGAAGAAGAGAAAGCUGUCAGAGCCAAGAUUAUGAAUACCGUUAAAUCCGAUCUUCUAGAAAUGUCUAGUGGUGAGCUCUCCCAAAAGGAAUUGGUUGACUCUAUCACCGAUUAUGUUGGAAAAGAAAAAUACGGUUCGCCGUCAUUGACAGUAGUCUAUGAGAUGAUUAUCCGAGCUGUGAUCGAAAAAGGUUUGAAGGAUGAUGAUCGAAAGAAGUUGGCUAUUGCUCUGCGGAUGUCAUUGGUCAGCAAGACUGAGAAGCAAGCUUUUAUAGAGGGAGCUACCCGUUUCUGCAAAUUCGCUAAUGAUGUUGAGCUCCAGCAAGAUUAUCCCAAAUUGUGGACCGUUACUGGUGAAGUUCUCGUGAACACAAGUCAUGCUCCACAUGACGAAAUUGGAGAAGUUGAAUCUUUCUCAUUAGCGGACAUGAAGCCAAUUUUCUCAGCUGCCAAAGGAGAAGGAAAUAAGAAAUUUGACCUUCUUGUUCAAGUUUUGAAGCAAUUGAUCGAGCUUGAGCUUGAAGUGACUGGCGCUGCAGAAGGAAUCUCGUGGGAGUUUUCGGACAUGAAGUUAAAGACUGAGAUGGAAGAAGGACUUUCAGCAGAAAUGGAAGCAGUGACGUUUAAAAAUGGAAAAACGUUGUCGAGCUAUUUGACGGGCAACUAAUUUAUCGUAUUUUUGGAUUUUCAAACUCCACAGUAGAUUUAUAGAGAACUUUUUUGUGUGCUAAAACCCAUUUUAAUUAUCUAUAUAAGAACGAGUUGUUGAUAAUACGGUCUAAACAUGUCAAGUUUUUCGUUUUUUCGCCGCGCGUCCAUCCCUACCGAUUUUAUGUCUUAUUGGGUAUCCCAUUAAUGGUUUUCGAUAUUAUUGCUUGUUUUUCUUUUGUUAGAGGUUUGCAAGAAAAGUUUCAAAAUGAAUAACUGAUUAUCAUGAUUUAGCUGAAGUAAAUCAAUUUUCAGACAUUCAGAUCAUUUUUCCUGCAAACUUCCGCUCAUUCUACAACUCGUCUCGAAACGUGAAGAUUCUCUUCAUUUUUCGUUUCGAGACGCAGAAAUCAACUCGUUAUAGCCCCUUUCCCACCCACCUUACCCUUUUCUUCUGAUGAUCACUAAAAAUAUCACGUUUUCCUCCAAAUCAUUAAAUAUUUAUAUCCUCAUUUGGAUUCCCGUUUCGUUUAUUUGCUCCCAGUUCCCAUUUCUUUCAUUCGUUUUUCUAUUUGAAUAACCCUUUCAUAGUCUCCUUGUUUAUUGUUUCUAAAUUAGCUGUUGGUUUUUUAUUGGUUUCUCCCUUCAUAUUUCCAUACCAGUUGGUCCCGAGAACAUUUCUUGCUAUGCUUGUUUUCGUGCUUAAAGGGUCUUUUCUAAGAGACGGUCGAAAAGUCGCUGAAUUUUUUCGGAGUGCUGGAAUUUCGUUGAAUUGCAUCGAAUUUAUCGUAAAACGAAGACUUUUGACUAGCUCUUAGCUUCAUUUCUUUUCCAAAUUUCCUAAUUGUGUGUAAGUCAGUGCCUUCGGUCUGAUUCCUGGAUCUUCUAGAAAUUGUGACAAUUGGUUAAUUUUAAUAUCCUCUCAUCAGCCCAUCUUAAAUUUUCCACUUCCUUGAAUUCUACGUUUUUCCUGUUUUAACUAAUUGUCCUUCCGUUAUUAUCAUCAUCACCACCUCCACCACAAAUAAAAAUGGGCAUCAAAAUUGUUUUUUUUUUUUUUCAUCAUAGUUCUUGUUGGGGUUGUUCCCCAUUUAUAUAGCUUGCUCUGUUUUCUCAUCAAAUGCUCACAGUUUUACGUUGACUCGAUUUUGAAUAAAUAUUUAGGAAA